AUGGACAUUAUGAAACGGUUGACGGAGGCGGACAAGGAGAUCCUCCGACGAUCCUGGGCCAUCGUCAGCAAAGAAAAAGAGCCCCUGGCGUGCAACAUUUUCCAAAUGAUCUUCGAGCUGGCCCCGGACGCCAAGUUGAUGUUCAGCUUUAUGAUCAACGAGCGGAAAGACGAUCCGGCCAAGUCGAAAUCGGAAUUUUCGUUUCAUGCUUUGCGGUUUUUGCAGAUAAUCGAGAGCACGAUCCUGUACCUGGAGACACCAGAGGAGCUCGACGGGUUGUUGCUCAACUUGGGAAAGCUGCACGCGCGGCACGAGGAGCAACUCGGAUUUAGACCGCACUACUGGGGCGUCUUCAAGGAGUGCACCCUCUUCCACUUCCGCAAAGCUAUCCGAGCCGACAGAAAUGGUCGAGAGCGAAAAUUCAGCACGAGAGCGAACAAGAAGGGAAUGGACUCCCGGGAGACCGACUCGGCAAUCAUUUUGUGGAGGGAGAUCCUGACCGACAUUGUGGACCGGAUGAUCGUCGGGCUGGCGGCAAACGGGCUUAUUCGAAAAGCAAACAAAGACAUGCGGGAGCACCGGGAUUCCCAGGAUGGAUCCGCCAGUGCGUCUACGAUCUCCGGUCACCACGAUAAGAGCAUUAAACAGAUCUGCCACUCACUACGUCGGGCCGAACUCAGCGUGAUCGUCCCCGAGUAUUUUAUGAGGCGCAAAUCUGAUGCCCCGUCUCUGAAUGAGGAUUCUAUC